AACAAGGUACCGUUUUUUCGCUGUUUUUUGUUAGAUAAUAGUUGAUUUUAACCAUUUGUCGUCUUUUUAUCGAAAUGUGACGUAUGAAAAGACUAUUUUUACCGACUAAUCAGAGCCCGGUAUUGCACCUUCGCAAAUCGAUUUUCGCCGUCGGCCACGCUCGGUCUUAUUCGUAAGUUACGGUUGUGUGACGUCACUAUACGGACUCUCACUUUGUUUUGAUUACACACGAUAGCGAACGCGAGAUAUUUUGACGAACUUUUUUGAUAUUUUGGACCUGAAAUGAGCCAUUCGCAUUGCUGUGUUGGUGGAUGCGUCAAUAGGAAGAGUAACGAUGUUAGUCUCCACACUUUUCCUCAGAACUUGGCCCAAAGAAGACUCUGGAUUCGUGGAAUUCAGACCACAAGAGCCGAGUGGAACGGGCCAAAGAUGGCGACAACCCAGCUAGUCUGCUCUAUGCAUUUUACGUUAGAGUCGUUCUCUUCAACAACAAUGACGAAGUGGUUGCUGGGUUUGCCGUGUAAGCCAGCCCUGAACCCAGAUGCAGUACCGACGCUGUUUGGAAAUAAUGUUCGAACAAGUAACCUUGUUUCAGAGGUGCAAAGGUCUACUGCAAGGAAAAGAGAAGUCCAGAGGAUCCUGAAUGAGCAUACAGAGGCUAAGAAGCAGAUGGUGCCAUCACAAGUGGGCAAGAGUAAUCUAGAGCCAUCUGAGCUGGAAGUGCAACGGCCCCAGAUUGCCUCUGAAUCAGUCCAGACUCUGAUUGAGUGCACUGAACCAGCUCUUCAACCAGAACUGCAAGAUGAAGUGGUGGACCUAAACAACAACAGCGGCAGCUUUGAUGAGGAUACGCCUGUCGUUGAACCGCAGGUAACAGCCUCGCAAAAGAAGCAGACGUCAGCAAAGGGUUGCCAAACUAAUAUUAAAAUACGUGAAAGGCAUGCAUCAAAAGGUACACAGACUCUUGGCAAGCAUGCAGUCAAGAUGGCUUCGGUUGGGGUCCAGUGCCAGACCACAAACCUUAGCAUGUCAGUCGGUGUCCAGUCCAAGUUACUGUCUUCGGAUCAGAGCAUUAUACUUACGUCAACACCAAGGAAGGCACCGCCCACCACCUACAGCAACCCAAUUGAUACUUCCUUCCAGUCUGUUUUUUCAGCCGGUUAUGAGGAUGAUGUAACUGCUGACCCUGACUUCCACUUAAACCAGACGUGCAGCACAGAAGCAGAUCAAGAAGAAGUAACAAAAACUGAUGUCCGAGAGCAGAACAAGUACUUAGUAUUUGAAGAGAACCUGCUUGAGCUGUUCAAGACGUGCCUUCAAUGUCGGUUGCCUGCAGCAGGACACAUCAGCCAACGAAUAGGCUCAUACAUCGCCAUAAGGCAGACGUGUGAAUGUGGCUACUCACGGCGGUGGGAGUCCCAGCCCAAAGUGCAAGACAUUCCAGCUGGGAAUCUGCUUCUCAGUGCAGCAAUACUGUUUGCUGGCUGCACACCUACAAAAGUGCUGAGACUUUUUUCUUUUAUGAACCUACUUUGCAUUUCGAUAAGCACAUUCUUCCAGCAUCAAAGAUCAUUCCUGUGGCCAGCUGUGGAGGCUGUUUGGAAAGACCAUACAUCCGCUGCAUUGACUGCCAUCAGGGAAGAGGGCAGGAGUGUCACACUAGCUGGCGAUGGCAGAUGUGACAGCCCUGGACACAGCGCUAAAUAUGGAACCUAUAGCUUGAUUGACAUGGCAACUGGGCAUGUCAUAGGCCUUCAUUUAGUGCAGAGCAACGAAGUGGCAUCCAGCUACCACAUGGAACUUGAAGGGUUGAAGAGAGGCAUUGCUGCCUUACAAGAGAUGGGGAUACAAAUAAAAGAGAUUGUAACAGAUCGCCACAUGCAGAUACAAAAAUGGUUGAGAGAUAACCACCAUGAGAUCAAGCAUUCGUAUGACGUCUGGCAUGUGGCUAAAGCUAUCAAGAAGAAGCUGGUUGCCCUGUCAAAGCAGAAGGAUUGUGAUCACCUCUUCAAGUGGAUAAAGAGCAUCACGAACCAUCUGUACUGGGCAGCAGCCUCCUCUUCAGAUGAUGAUGGGGCGGUGAUCGUGUCCAAGUGGAAGUCUGUCUCCAACCACAUACAGAACAUCCAUCAUGGCCAUGAUGGUCCCUUCACCGACUGUCAACAUGAGGAGCUCGCUGAUAGGGAUUGGUUGAAACCAGGAAGCAAAGCAGCUGUGAAGGUUGAGGAGAUAGUUCUCAGCAAGCGCCUUUGCACAGAUGUGGCUAAACUGUCAACUGGCUACCAGACGUCUACACUGGAAAGUUUCCACGCCACCAUUAAUCACUUUGCACCAAAGAUGAUGAGCUUUUCAUAUCAUGGGCAAGCCUGUAGGCAGAUUAUCGCAGCACUUCAUUUUAAUGAAAACGUCCACAGAGAAGUAGCAACAAAUACGGACGGGACAGAGAAGCAUGUGGUUGUAUUUCCCAAAUACAAGAGUGGGGAUGAUUUCUCAAUGAAACCAACAAUGGUUGACCAAACGUUUGAUUAUGUGGACAAGCUCAUGAAUAUGGUGUUUGAAAUAUGUGAAUUGAACCAACCAACAGUUAUGGCAACACCUGCUCCACCUCCAUUAACAAAUGGCAAGCGCAGACCGACAGAAGAGGAACUGCAAACAGUUGUGGCAAGGCGGUUUAAGCGUUUAUGCUACUAGUGUGUUAGUGGUGUCAAAAGGCAUUCGUGGUGCACACACACGGCUAUUUUUAAACAUUAUGUUUGUGUCUUGUUCUUUGAAUGUUUGUAGGUGCUAUUAAUUCUCUGAAUUUUUGUAAGUGCAAAGAUUUUCUAUAAGCUCAUUGCCUGAAGUGCUGUUGAGGCACUGUAUAGAAAUAGUAAUUGUUGUUUGUUUCAUUUGCUUGCUUAUUGAUAAAUACUACACACAAAUUAUUUCGGUUUUAGUUGUUACUGUUGUAGCUGUAUGUGUACAUUCAUAUGAGCACACACGUCAAAUAGACCUUCGAGGUUUUGAUAACUGAAUAAAAUUGUUUAAAAAUGUAAA